AUGGCCGACAACAACUCGCCAGAUUAUAAGGCUCUUUUUCUGCAGGCGGAACAGAGACGCAAAGAGGCCGAAGAGCAACAAAAACAGGCCGAAGAGCGACAAAAACAGGCCGAAGAGCGACAGAAGCAGGCCGAAGAUAAAAGCAGACAGGAGAAAGAGAGACGAGAGCAACUUCAAGAGCUCAGCCGACCGACCACUUUCGUGGAAUUCUUACGCCAUUCCCAUGAUCUGCUCUCCCGACCGCUGAGGGUCGAGACACUAUCCCGGUCGACUACCGGGAAAAUACCCCUUCCCACGGGGAAAUAUUGCCCAACACGAUUGGAACACUGGACCGACUGCUCAGCACUACAGUCGGAGCUUUUCAGGUCCGUCUACAGCUAUCUCCAGUUAACACCCGCGGGGGCGCCUCAUUUGUUCUUAUCUUUGCCUGAGCUAGAAGGAUUAGGCCGACGACUUGGACGUAAGCCUAUGAGUAGCGAGUAA